AUGUUCUAUUCUACAUUACAUUUCUAUGCUACACGAAAAGGGGGAGCCCUGGUGAGGGAAGGAGGUGACAAUGAUGAAGUGGAGGUAGAGCUUCCAGCUAUUGGCAACUAUAUUUCACAUCCUCAAAUUUUAAACCUCAUUUUUAAUAUACGUCUUCCUUCGUCUGGACAAGUAACACUGCCAGCAGCGUUUGUUGAAAAGCCACGCGCCAAGAGACAGAAGCAGGCAUCCCCUUUGCAUGCAGAGCCUGACACAUUUUGCUCUCCUGAUCCUGCUAGUCCCACCCUUCUUCUUGAUCUCCCAAAUGAACUUCUGCAUGUCAUUCUUGGCAACCUUACCGAUUCCGACUUAUUGAGCCCGGCACUCUUAUUCAACCGCAGACUCAGAGCCAAUGCUGCACGCACAUACCUUGCUCGUGCCAAUAUAAUUGGAAAUAAUAAUGGGUACAUUUACAUCAAAGACAUUGUUGGAUGUAUGGCCAUCAUCCUCCUUUCCACCAUGCCCCUGUUUGACAAAAUCUCGCUAACUUGCGACCUCUUCUACGUUGUUGAGUACGGGAGGCACCUGCGGAAGCUGAUUGCGGCAACACCUCAAGUCCGACACAUGCUUCAGUCUUCAGCUUCAGAGAUCAAGGUCAUACUUCACCCCUCCAACUUGUUCCCUCACUAUCCCACUUCAUCGUCCUACGCGGCCUGUCCAUCAGCUUCCCACUCAGGGUUUGCUGAAGGGUAUCAGUUCAUUGGCAGUAUCUGCUGA